UAUCAUCCUCACCAAAACACAGCGGGAUGACGGAAAAUCAUGAGGAUAGCGUCGCCGUGCCCACUGGAUUUUCGGUAGAAUAUCACCACGGGCUACGUUAGCCGUUCGGCUAGCGUAGUGCUACACAACAUGAGGCUUUUUUCCUGAUGAAGAGCACACAAAAUAGCCCGAGAAGAACAGAGUUAUCCCUGUGAGAGCGAGCUGGGCUGAGCCUCUUGCUUUUAUAUGUAUUUUCUUCUUUUAUAAAUUCCCUAUUACAUGUCCUGCAGUGAGAAGCUCACGACAGUUUUCAUUGUGAUCUCCUCCUCGGCUGAUGUGGCUGUUAUCAGAGGUGCUCCGCUUAAAGAAGAUGCACACAUAGAAGUGGUCGCUGACAACAUCAAGGUGCCUGACACUUUCCUGGUCUGACACUACCAGCAAAGAGAUUAUCAGCCAACAAUCGCGGCAAGUGGGACGCACCUAAUACAGCUGACCCCUUCCUGGACACCAAUGAAUGUCUGACAGCAGCUUUGCCAUGUAUAAAUUGGGGGGUUUAGUUUAGAGAAGGACUGGCUUUUUACACUGGGUAUCAACAUGGCAGCAGCAGCAGCAGCUUUACACUGAAGAAUUGACAAAUCCAGCAAGUUAUCACAUGCCCAUAUCCGUGGAUUGUUGUCUGACAUCGGGGCCUUAUUUCUUAGAUUUUACUGAACUUAUCAUCAGUGCUUUUUGCUCUUUGUAUAUUGAAGAACCUGACUGGAUGAUAUUUGCUGGGUUAACAUCAAAACAAGAUUAAGUCUAAGUACUUUUGUCAUGCAGGGAACCUGUGGAAGCACCCCGAACAAGUUGAAAACUUUGACAUUCGCUGACUCUGUGUCUGUGUCCACAUCAGUGAGCCGAUGAGCUCUGCUGACGUCAGAUAGUCUCUCUCAGCUCGCCACAUGUCCUCACCAGAGAUCUAACAGCAGAUAUCACACAGCGGUAAAGAUGAGCGCAUGCCAUUAGCCGUGCCAGCUUCGUCGUGGCUGGCCGUCGCCGGACGGUCCUCCUCCUCGGCCAUGACCCGGCUGAUGUUGGGCCGGACUCUGGAGCGUAUCUGUAAAGGCGUCCUGCUGCUCUGCCUGCUCCACUUCCUCAUCAUGAUGAUCCUGUACUUCGAUGUUUACACGCAGCGCUUCGACCUCUUCAGCCGCUUCAACAACGGCCGCAACGGAUCGAGAAAUAACGCCAGCGGAGCAGCAGGGAGUGGACAUCACUUUUACUAUUACAAUCUUUCCAGGCCCAAUGCUACGUUAGCAAGCUACUCGGCCACAGGGGAGCAGCUGGUGCCGACCGUGCAGCCAGAGACCAAUCAGACACCUUCUCCAAAACCACUCCCACCAUGCCCAGAGAUCCCACCUGGCCUCGUGGGCCGUUUAUUGAUCGAGUUCAGUUCCCAGAUGACGAUGGAACGAGUGCAGAAAGAAAACCCCAACGUGACAGAGGGAGGUCGCUACACACCGCCUGAUUGUCGGCCCAGAUGGAAGGUGGCCAUCAUCAUCCCAUUCCGUCACAGAGAAAACCACCUCAAGUACUGGCUCCACUACCUCCACCCUAUCCUCCGACGGCAGAGGAUCGACUAUGGCAUCUACAUCAUCAACCAGUUGGGUGAGGACACCUUCAACCGUGCCAAGCUGUUGAAUGUCGGCUACACAGAGGCGUUGAAGGACGCAGAGUAUGACUGCUUCAUCUUUAGCGACGUGGAUCUGAUCCCAAUGGAUGACCGCAACCUCUACCACUGCUAUGACCAGCCGAGACACUUCGCCAUCGCCAUGGACAAGUUUGGUUUCAGGCUGCCGUACGCUGGCUACUUUGGGGGAGUUUCAGGUCUCAGUAAAAAACAGUUCCUGAAGAUCAAUGGCUUCCCUAAUGAGUACUGGGGCUGGGGAGGAGAGGAUGAUGACAUCUACAACAGGAUCACUCUGAAUGGGAUGAAGGUGUCCAGGCCAGACGUUCGCAUCGGCCGCUACAGAAUGAUUAAACACGAGAGAGACAAACACAACGAGCCCAACCCACAGAGAUUUAAUAAAAUCCAGAACACAAAGAACACGAUGAAGAGGGACGGAAUCAGCUCUCUGACCUACAGACUGGUUCAGGUCAAGAAGUACCCGCUGUACACAAAUAUCUCUGUGGAAAUCGGCAAACCACCACCCCGGCCUUUCAAGGGCUAGACACAGACAAUUUGGAGGAUGAGAGGGGUCGACGCAUGUUGACUUGAAGGUGAAGGAUGUUAAGAGGGGAGAUUUUGAGAGAGGACAAAUCCUUGACUUGGAAAGACUGGAAAGAAUUGGGAGGAGAAUGAAAGGGGGAAAAGUCACAAGCACAUCAUGGUCUUUCUUCCUCUUUUUUAAGAUUUCAACUCUCCAUUUCUCUAACAGGACUCAGGCUCUCUCCUCCUACAGCUUAACACCCUACCGUUACCAAUCAGUGACUUCAAAACUAAAGAGUGUGGACCAAAGCUGGGAUAUCAGUGGCUGAACGACGGUUGGCAUCAAACCUGAGGGCUGAAACUAGGAGUCUUUUUACCAACAAUCUUUCAACAACUGGAGGGCAUCUAUUGGCAUAUUGAUAAAGGAGACUGACAGGGUUGGGAGAUAAUUUAAACUUUGGAUGGUUUUCUUGGCCCAUUUUUCAAAUACAGGACUGCAUCAAAUAGGAUUUGUCGGAAUAUUUGACGUGGUUCUGGAUACAAAGAAAGAAACAAAAAAGA